GCGCGAAUAACGGGUCUCGGUGUAGCAGGCGCACAUCGCGUCGAUCUAAGCAACAGAGUGCCGUGUGUACACCCCCGCCCACAUUAUUAUUGUGUGGUUAGCCCAGAACUAGCUAGCCACGCUUCUCUUAAUUUUAUAACAAAAUGCCUGACGCGAUUGUCAAGGCAGAUAAUGUAUUCGUUAUUUCAUGAAAGACAAUCUUGGCCACAUCACCAAGCCAGUAAAGAAGCUUUUUAAUGUGACAUUGUAGACGAGUAUGAUUCUGGCUGGAUCAGACCACUUCUUAGCGGUACCUGUGGAAGCGACUGCAGUUUUGGGUGCCAUUGCUGGUUUCAUAGUACUCUUAUUGGCUCUUUUCCUUUACUUAUCCCGGAAGUGGUGUUUCACGCCGCCCUCAUCUACUACACUGUUUGGCGGAGUCUGUGUGCCACUCUGUGAGUCCACCAACAGCUCCACAUCUCAAAUCUCGAAAAAUAUAGGGAAGGCAUUCUCCUAUUCGGAUCCUGAAACAAGUUCUGAUUCAGAGGAAGACGCCCUCCGACGAUUAAAUUUGUGUUCACAUCCUCCACCAGAUAUUUUGACUAUUCAAGCAGAGGAUGGACCAACGACUAUAGUAGAUGCUGGAACAACUUCCAGUAGUUGUACUGAGGAACAUUCUCCAGCAGAUCAACAACAGUGUGUGGUGGAAGUUGGGACUUCUAGCAUUAUACUCGACAAUGGAGAGCAAGAGAUACAAGUUGAGCGAAAUGACUCGACAACCAAUGACGUCAUCACAACGAUGGCUACAGUGCCUCCAGAAGAAGUUGGUAGUUUGGAAGUCGCUUUCCUGUAUGAUGCCCCGAUGCGUGAGAUGACAGUUCACGUAUUACAAGGGCGGAAUUAUCCUCCUGGCAUUGGUAGUAGUCAAGUACGAUUAGUUUUGCUACCAUCAAAAAAGCAAAGACGUAAAACUCGAGUUCGACAAGGCACAUCUCCACAAUAUAUGGAGAGUUUUUUACUUCCUCGUGUAAAUCCAGAGGAUGUAAAUGCAAUGGGAGUACGACUCAGAGUGUAUUUAUGGGGUGGCAGAAUGAUGCGUCGGGAACGAUUGUUGGGUGAAACUAGAGUAUCCUUUGAUCAAAUUAAUCUUCAACUAGAAACAACUCUUUGGUUAACUCUUCAACCACCACUUUCUUCUUCGGCACAGGAUUGGGGAACAACUAGUAGUCUCACUCGUAGCGAUUCUACAGGAUCUCAGCAAUCAGUCCAAUCAUAUGCUUCUCCGACUAUACCACCAUAUAGCAGCAGCAUGAAAGGAGGCAGUAUCGCUGAAAUCCUAAUUGGUUUAGCAUAUAAUGGCACAACAGGUCGCUUAUCAGUUGAAAUAAUCAAGGGUUCUCAUUUUCGUGGUGGAGGUGGAAACGAUACAAAACCUCCCGACACUUAUGUUAAAUUGGCUCUUAUUAAUAGUAACAAUCAUGAAAUGGGCCGAUCAAAGACCGGUUUAAAACGUGCCCAACCAAAUCCUCUCUACAAAGAAAUGUUCAUAUUUCAGGUCGCAUUGUUUCAAUUGGGAGAUGUAACACUUUUUUUAUCUGUGUACAACCGACGACGAAGUGGAAUGGGCAGAAAAGGACGAGAAAUGAUUGGUUGGCUUUCUUUGGGUCUAAAUAGCUCUGGCUCCGAAGAAUUACAACAUUGGAAUGAUAUGCGAACCGCAAGACAACCAAUACAAAUACAACGUUGGCAUUCGCUACUGCGUCCCUGAGGCAACUUUGUUUUCUAGAAAAGAAUUCUUUGCGGCAGGCUUAUCUCAAGAGAGAUCAAUUAUGAUUCUUUCUCCUUAUCUCAUGGGGACAUGCCGUGUACUGCCUGAUUGAAGAACAGAAGUCAAUAUUUCAGUCGGUCUGUCAACCGCCAAAGCCCGAACAAAUACAAGUCCAAAUAGCAUCAUAAAAACACUCUAAUUUCUACAUCUGUUAAGAAACAAGUCAUAAAUAUUAUAUAAUAUCAUAAUGUUUAAAAGAUGUUUUAAUAUUUUAGCUUUAUUAAACAAUAACUGUCUUAUUAAAUAUAUAACUGUCUAAAUAGCUCAAAAGACGCUCUAACUUUCAAUUAAUUUUAAAUUAGUUUCUAAAGAACUUAUUAAUUUAAAAAUCAAUUGGUAAUUAGAGCAUCUUCUGAAUUAUGUAGACACUCCUUUCUGGACUUUUGUUUUGUUCGGGAUGCUCUGUUUGAAAUACUGUAAAUUCUGAGUUAUAAACUCUAAAUGUACCAAGUACAUUCACUUUUUGAUACGCUGAUGGAAGCAGUGUGGCUAGUCUUCGAUAUGUUAAGGGUCUCGACGAUCAAUAUGAUCGUUAUCUUAGCGUUUAACCAACCCAAUUAUCGUACCUGUUCUGUCAUAUAAUACGAUGCUCUCCGACUCAA